AUGGACAUAAUAUCUAAUAAUAGAAGUAAUAGAGCUGCUCCGAGGUCUUCGUCCCAUACACGACGAGAGAGGGACAGUGAACAAACAAAAGAUGAUAACCCGGUCAAAGUGGAACCAAACUUUAACUUGUCUGGUAAUCUUGCGGCCGAUACUAACACUUUUAAUGGGGUUGUGGUGAAGUACUCAGAGCCAGCAGAGGCAAGAAAGCCUACUGGACGAUGGAGGUUAUAUGUAUUUAAAGGUGAAGAGCAAAUUGACUUGCUUCACGUUCAUCGGCAGAGUGCCUAUUUGUUAGGACGUGAUAGAAAGGUGGCGGAUAUACCGAUAGAUCAUCCUUCAUGCUCCAAACAACAUGCAGUUCUACAAUACCGACAGCUAUCACACACUGAUGAUUAUGGAGAGACAAAUACACAAGUCAAGCCAUAUAUUAUUGACCUCGAUACAACAAACGGGACAUAUGUCAAUAGUAACAGAAUCCCGCCUUCCCGAUAUGUAGAGUUAUUCCAUUCAGAUGUAAUUAAAUUUGGUUAUAGCACUAGAGAGUAUGUCUUACUACAAGAAGAACAGGCUGAGAAGGACGCUGAAUAA